AUGGCUUCGACUGAAGAACCCGUUCCGGCUCCCGCCCCCGUUGAAAGCGAGGCGGAGAGCCAGGCCCCCGCUACCCCGGUCGAUUCGACCCUCCUGUCCGGCAGUGAGGACCCGGUGACCAGCCCGGAUGCUUCCAAGGACAAGGAGAACGUGACCUCCUCGCCGGAGAAGAAGUCCGCCACCUCGUCCGCGACCAGUACAACCACGAAGCGGCCGGUCGCCUCUACCACUACGAAGCGACCCAGCUCGAUCUCUGGAGCCUCCAAGACUACGUCCACCGCGCGUUCCUCGACGAAUGGAAGCACCUUGAGCAAACCCCCGACGCGUCCCACCACCACCUCCACGGCCCGCAAGCCGCUGAGCACCUCGACGACUGCCUCGCACCGUUCACGCGCCUCGAUCAGCAGCUCGGCGGAUGAGAAGGCUCGAUCCGUGGCCAGCUCCGGGGAUGAGCGCCGCGGGAUCUCCAGUACGGUCAAACGCAUGUCCAUGGCUGGGACCUCAACCCCUCGUGCCCCAGGAAAGUCGACAACUUCCACUCUGGAUCGGCGCUCGAGCAUUGCUGGUUCCACGACCGCAGAGAAAAGGGGCUCUCUUGUGUCGCGCUCGAACACAGUGUCGUCGCGACCCUCGACUUCCCGCCCUACGACGUCCUCCACGAGCGCUGCACGGACCACUACCACCACCACCAGGCCAUCCACGACCACAACGCGGCCAACAACCACAAGCACCGCCUCGAAAAGGCUCAGCACGGUCACGAAGAAGCCGGAGGAAUCCGCCGAGAAGCUGCAGUCUCUUCAGACGAAACUCUCCGAGAGCGAAGCAACCGUCACCUCCCUGAAAGCAGAGUUGGAGGGUGUGAAUGAGAAGCUGGCCCAGCUCUCCGUGUCCCCGGAAGGAGACAGCGCCAAGGAUACCGAAGAGCUGAACACCAUCCGUGAACAGCAUACCGCAGAGAUUGCCCGGAUGGCUGCAGAGCAUGAGAAACAGCUCAAGACAUUGCGCGCUCAGCUGGAAGAGGCCGAGACCCAGCGGAAGGAGCUCGAAGAGAAGACUCUCAGGGAUCUGGAAGAGGCGGCCAAGUCGGCGGCGUCUCAAGGCGACGAACAGACUGCUGCGACUCUCGAGGAACUGAAGUCUCACCAGGCCCAGUUGGAGUCCGUUAAGCAGGAGUUGGCGGAACAGAAAGCUGCAGCGACUCAAUAUGCAGACGAGGUGGCAUCUUUGAGGGCCGAGCUGGAAGCGCAGAAGGGCAGUCUGGAAGAAGCCAAGAACGCCAUUCUGGAAGAAAAGGCUUCGGCUGUAGAUAGUCUCCAGCGUGAACUCAAGGGUCGCGAUCAAGUGAUUGAGGAAGUCAAGAUGCAGAUGGAAAAACUCCAUCAGGCCAAGGAGGAAGAGGCUCGUGCUGCGGAGGAAUCUGCUCGGCAGUCGGUGGCGGCAUUGGAAGAGAAGGUCGCUUCGUUGGAAGCUAAACUAGCUGACGCCGAAUCCGCCUCCAAGGACAGCGACCAGACCACUACCGCCCUCGCUGAAAAGGAGAAGGAAGUGGAGGGUCUGAAGCAGACCAUGGAAAAGCUGCAGGCGGACCUCCAGGAGGCCAGGGACACCGCAGCCAAGGAUUUGGAUGAAAAGCUGAAGGAAUUGGAUGCCAAUCAUUCCGCGGCAAUUGCCAAGCUGAAAGCCGAGCAUGACGAAGCGAUCGCCUCUGCUGCCGCCCACCAUACACAGGAACUGAGUGUUGCGAAAGCGGCCGCGGAAUCUGCCGGUUCCACUCACACCGAAGAACUCAUGAAGCUGAAGAGCGCCCUCGAGGCCGCCGAGGCUGCGGCGAAGCAGAGCCGAGAGGAUGCGAUCAGGGAACUCAAGGCUGCUCAUGAAACGGAACUGCAGACUCUCCAGCAGAAGCUUGAUGCUUCUGAACAAUCCCUCAGCGAAACCCGCCAGGCCCUUGAGCAAGGCGCUAACUCGGCCCAGGAGGUUGCCAUCCAGGAAAUUGGACAGCUCAAGGAGAAGGUUGGUGCCUUGGAGUCCCAGCUUGGCACUGGGCACAGCGAGAUCAAGGCUCUACAAGAUGCAAUUCAGGGCAAACAGCAGGAAGCUGAGGCCCUGCAGCAGAGCCUGAUUGCGUUCGAGAACAAGACCAAGGCCAAGGACGCUGAGCAAGAGAACCUACUGAAGGACCUGGAAGCGCGGGCUACGAUGGGGGAGAACGCCCUCCAGCAGCAUCAGCAGCAGGCUGCGUCUGUUGCCGAAAAACAUGCGCAGGCUGUGGAAGCCUUGAAGGCUGAGCACGCUGCCGCUCUCCAGAAGGCUGUUUCUGAUGCGUCCGGCUCGCAUGACCAAGCACUCAGUGAGCUCCAGGCCAAGUACGACGAACUGCUCGCUACCAACCGUGAACUCGAAUCCGCCCAUGCGCAGAAAGUCCAAGCUCUCGAGGCCGAGCUUAAGUCUGCCCUGGAAACUCAUGCGAGCGAGAUCGCUGCGCAGACCGAGCUCCGCGAAAAGACCGUUGCGGAACUGCAGAAAGAGUGGGAGGUGACAAAGGCCAAGUUGGAGGCUGACCUCGAACAUGUGCGUACCUCGAAGUCCGCGGAGACGGAUGCCGAGCACAGCAAGGCCAUCGAGGAGCUGCUGAAUGCCCACGAAGCGAAGCUUUCCAGUGUCCGUGACGAGCUGGAGACCGCCAACAAGGCAAAGCUUGAUGAACUCCAGAAGUCUCAUGAAGCUGCCCUGGCUGAGGUCAACGAGAGAUUGGCCCAGGCUCAGGCUACUGCUCAGGACACUUCUGCUGUCGAUGGACUACAGGCAACCAUUGCUGAGUUGCAGCAGAAGCUCGCCGAUGCUGAAAAGAUCGCUGCUGAGUCACGAUCCGUUGCAGACACCCACGUCGCCAAUCUGUCAAAGAUGGAGGCUGAGAAGAAGGAUCUGGAGCAGAGACUGAACGAGGCCACCAGCCGCACCCAGGAGCUGGAAAAGUCCAUUGGUGCUGCCGAGAGCACCAAGUCCGAACUGGAAACCGUCCUGAAACAGCUCGCUGCAUCCCAAGAAGACCUUGCCCAGUUGAAAUCCAAGUAUGAUGCUGUCAACGGCGAUCUCGAGGAGCUGAAGACUCAGAACAAGGCCAUGGAUGAGAAGCUCGCCCAGGGUGAGAAGGACCUGAACGACCAGAUCGACAAGAACAUGUCCCUCCUUAACCAGCUGGGGGAGGUCGAUUCCGCCAUCUCUGGUAGCCGCAAACGCGUCCGCGAGCUUGAGGCCGAGUUGGCCGCGCUGAAGGCCGAUAACGCGAUGUCCACUGGCUUGGAGGGCAGCCGGUGGGCGACCGAGAAUGAGAAGAAAUCUGGAGAGGGUGCUGGUGCUGGUGCCGUCGCAGGGGAAGGUGAGGAUCUUGGUUCAUCUAUUGAGGGAACGAUGGCCAGCAUCCAGGAGCAGCUUAAGCACAUCCGUACUGCUAAUGAUGACUGGUACGACGAGCAUCGACGACUGAUUGGCGAACUUGCCCAAUUAUCGCAACGAGCGACGCCCGAUGCGAGAAGUCUAACCUCGACGCCCCAGCCGGAACGCUCGAACGACAGUUCGGGCGACAACCGCGCCAGUGACUGA